AAGCAGGAUAAUGCAUUGAUCAUAGUACAGUUUGCACCUUCAGGAUAACAACAUCUGUGAUUUCAACUCAACUGCUCAAACAUGAAACUGCUCAUCGCUUUCGCCCUGGUUGCCCUUGUUGCCGCUCAGGACUCCACCUACACCAACAAAUAUGAUCACAUCGACGUCGAUGAGAUCCUGAAGUCGGAUCGCCUCUUCAAGAACUACUACAAUUGUCUGAUCGAUCAAGGACCAUGCACUCCGGAUGCUGCCGAGCUGAAGCAGAGUCUUCCGGAUGCCCUGGAGAACAACUGCUCAAAGUGUACGCCCAAGCAGAAGGAAACUGGCUACAAGGUCAUCAGCUCGCUAAUUGAGAAUCGUCCUGCGGAAUGGGCUGUCCUGCAGGACAAGUACGAUCCCGAGCGCAAGUUUGUCGAGAAAUACCGCGAAGAAGCUGCCGCCGCCGGGAUCAAGCUGUAAACGGUUGAUGGAUCAAUUUAUAAAUUCAAAAUGAAUCAU